AUGACCCCGUUCCCGCUUUUCGAUGCAACAGUGGUGCUGGAGAAGUUUGUGGCCAGCGUGUACGACGUAUACGUGGUUCGCGGCAACUCAGCACUGCUCCGCUGUCACGUGCCCCCCGCAGUCAGAGACUACAUCUCGGUGACAUCGUGGGUGCUCGACGAUGGCGUCACGAUUGGGACGCUCGGAAACGAUGGCCUGGACAGCCGCUAUCUCAUGCUACCCACUGGCGAGCUCAUGGUGCGAAAUACCGAGAGUACAGACACGCAGCGUUCCUACCGCUGCCAGGUUCACAACAGACUCACUGGAGAGGGCCACUUGAGCAGCAGCGCAGGAAAAAUUAUCGUAACAGAGCCGCACAGCCUGCUGCCACCACGAAUGGCCGAGUACCGUAGCUCGGUUAAAGUGGAGAAAGGAGAACGAGCCGUACUGCCGUGCCUUGCUCAGGGGCAUCCGCCGCCUAGGAACCGUUGGUUCCGCGUCAGCGGUGCAGAGGACCAGCAAGAGGCGCUGGGACCAGGUUCUUCGGACGGUGUAGAAAGUGCCGUGCCGGUCGCGCUGUCUGAAACGGUGGCACUCCUGCCGGGAGGACCCCUGCUCUUGCACGCAGCUGGCACGCAGGACAGUGGAAGGUACCUCUGCGUGGCCAACAAUUCGGCCGGCGAGGACAGGGCACACACAGACCUCCUCGUCUCUGUGCCCUUGUCCGCAAGAGUCGAUCCGUCCGUGCAAGUAGUGGACGUCGGCAGGAGUGCGAACUUUAGCUGCCGCGUGGCCGGGCAUCCCGUGCACGGAGUCAUGUGGACCCACAACGGACGCACGAUAACGCCUUCUCACGCCUCGCGGCCGGCGUCUUCCUCCUCCGCUAUGCGCGGCAGCGGAGAAGCCACCGUGAGCUCUGGAACCGCUUUAUCGAGGAUCGCGGUGCUAUCUCGGGACACGCUUCACAUCACCGGUGUGAACCGGCAGGACCGCGGCAUGUACCAGUGUCUCGUCUACAACGACAGAGACUCGGCGCAAGGCUCUGCGCAACUUGUCAUCGGAGAGGACGCCCCCGUAAUGGAGCACGUGUUCGCCGAGCGCCAGGCGCGGCCUGGCGGCACCGUAUCCCUCAGGUGCUCGGCUUCGGGAAAUCCACUGCCGCAAGUUACGUGGUCUCUGGAUGGUGCCCCUGUGCCCGAACACUACCACGUCCGGAUAGGGGACUACGUCAGCGGUGAAAGACUGGUGCACAGCUACGUGAACCUGACCGGCGUGCGAGUGGAGGACGGUGGCCUCUACGCUUGCGCGGCCCGCAAUGGGGUUGGCCGGGUAUCUCACUCGGCCAGGCUGAACGUGUUGGGAAGGCCCAUGGUGCGACCUAUGGCCAACGUGACGGCCCUAGCAGGACGCACCAUGCAGCUUCACUGUGCUGUUGCCGGAUAUCCCAUACAGAGCAUCGUCUGGCAGAAAGACGGCCGAUCGCUGCCGCAAAACCACCGCCAGCACAGCUUUCCCAACGGAAGCCUGAUUGUGGCCGAGGUGCAGCGUAGCGUCGACAGCGGCUGGUACGCAUGCGUCGCCCGGGACCCCCAAGGAAACACGGCCAGAGGACAGCUCGCCGUGCACGUCAUGACCCCGCCCGUUGUGAGCCCGUUCAGCUUUCCGGACGACCUGACCGAGGGCAAACGGGCUGGCGCUGCAUGCAUCGUUUCUGACGGGGACCUUCCCAUCACCAUCGAGUGGUUCAAGGAUGGGCGGCCGCUCGACUCCGUGCUGGAGGCUUCGGUCGCAAAGGCCAACGACUACACGUCCUUCCUUUCCUUCACCGGCGUCCGCCAGCUGCACACGGGCAACUACACCUGCGUCGCUUCGAACCCGGCAGCCUCGGCCAACUACACAGCACCCAUGGUGGUUCAAGUGACCCCCAGGUGGCGUCAUGAGCCUGUGGAUAAGGCAACCAUUAUGGGCCAGGCGGUGACCUUCGACUGCCAGGCUGACGGAUUUCCAGUGCCCGUCAUUCGAUGGAAGAAAGCGAACCGCUCGGAAGGUGGCCGCGACUUCUCCGUGAUCAUCAGCAACGCCAACGUGCAGAUUUUGGAGAACGGCUCGUUGAGCAUCCGCGAGGCCGACACCACCGAUGCCGCACAUUACAUGUGCCAGGCAUUGAACGGUGUCGGGCCCGGCAUCUCCACCGUGGUUAAGCUCGACGUGCACGUGGCUGCACACUUCGAGCGCAAGUUCCAGGCGCUUACCGUUCGUCGCGGUGAGAGCGUAGCGCUCACCUGCCGUGCCGUCGGCGAGCCGCCCAUCACGGUCACCUGGACGAGGGACAGGCACGCCUUUAGCCCGACAGCGGAGCCAAGGUAUGUGGUGGAGGAAAAACCGGGAACCGACGGCCUCGAGUACGUCGUCCGCAUCCCAAGCGUGGACCGCAGGGACUCGUCGCUGUUCAGCUGCUACGCCGAGAACACCUACGGAAGGGACGACACGAACUUCCAGGUCGUCGUCCAGGAGCCCCCGGACAAGCCGCGUGGGCUGGAAGCAACGCAGACGGCGAGCCGUGCUGUAACACUGUCCUGGUCGCCUCCCUACUCCGGGAACAGCCCCGUGCUCAAGUACCUGCUGGAGCACAAGCGGAGAGACGGUUCUUGGGAACAUGACGCACAAAUAACAGCCAUUGAGUCUACUGAAUUCUCACACGUGGCAAGUGGUCUACGACCGAAGACGAGCUAUGAGUUCCGGCUUAGGGCAGAAAAUGCCAUCGGAGCCAGCGACCCUAGCGACACGCUUGUCCUCACUACAGAAGAAGAAGCUCCAACUGGUGCGCCACGAGAUAUCAAAGUCACUGCGACUGGUUCCCGAAGCCUGCACGUCUCUUGGAAGCCGCCGUCGGACGAGGAGUCCAACGGUUUGGUUCAGGGCUACUACGUCGGCUACCGCGUUCGCGAAGCGAAACAGUCGUUCUCCUACAAGACGCUGGAGAGCUCUGCUGCGUCGCCGGUGCAGCAGUGCGAGCUGACGGACCUCAGGCGCAGCAGCCAGUACAGCGUCGUCGUGCAGGCAUUCAACGCCAAAGGUGCGGGACCUGCUUCGGAAGAAGUCUUCUCCCAAACUUUGGACAUCGAUGCCCCUGCUGCGCCGCGGCUGAAGAUGGUUUCAUCAACAUCCUCUUCAGUGCACCUGAGCUGGGAUGUUGAGAGAGAGCAGCCGAUAAAUGGGUUUGUGCUGUUUCACAAGCCCGAGCCGUCCCCAGCACCUGACGCCCAGUCUACAGAAGAUGCCGGCGACUGGUCCGAGGUGCAGACCGGGGCGGAGCGUUCGGCGUACGCGUUUCGCGGCCUUCGCUGCGGCCGCAAGUACGCGUUCUACGCCGUGGCCUUCAACGCCGCCGGAAGGGGUCCGCGGAGCAACACCGUUCUGGCCAAGACGGAUGGAUCAGCACCCGUGGCACCUGACGAGCGCGACAUUCUGUUGUGCAACGUAACCUCGGUGACACUUCAACUUGGUUCGUGGAAGAGCGGCGGUUGUCCCAUCCUAUCGUUCGCCGUGCUGUGCAAGCCGCAGUCCCAGAAGGAGUGGUCCCCGGCCACCGCCACCCACCUUGUACCGGACCACAAGCAACCGCCUGUACUGGUCAUUCCGGACCUUAACUCGGCUACCUGGUACGACCUGCUCAUCACGGCGGAGAACGACGCCGGAGCCACGGAGGCAGAAUAUGUCUUCGCGACACUAACCCUGUCUGGAGGCACCCUACCGCCUCCUCAGUGGACCAAGGCUGUCGACUCACCAAACCGCCACAUCCGUAUCAUCAUUCCUGUUGUCUGCACCGUUUUGGCGAUGCUGCUCAUCUCAGCCGCCCUCUGCUACGUGUUCUCACGCAGACGCCUGUCAGCAAUCCAGCGGCCAUACCCCGGCGAAAGUGACCACGCUCCAGAGGUCACCAAGUCGGUCGACACUGUGCCAAUGAGCGUGUGGGAGAACCCAAAGCACCAGCAGCAGUUUCAAGUGACACACCAGCAGCAGCGCCCUCUUGAGCGAGAGCAGCUCUACUGUCCAUCGCCGUACGCCACCGGUGGAGGGCGUCUCGGAUCGCUGUACACGACUGAAGCACUACGGUCAGGCUGGGCCUCUGCUCGUAGCCUACACAGUGCCAUGGAGGAGCCAGCAGAUGAAAUAUCAAGGCCACACCACACCUACGACGUGCCUUUCCCCCGGAGACCACCCGACUCCGAACAUCAAGAACAGAUAGGUACGGAAGAAGACCUGACAAGUUCUACAGAGCGCCUUGGCGACCACAUCUACUCCAAACCUGCUGCAGUGUACAUGCCUCCCGAUAAGUGCAAGGGUUCCCGCAAGUCCCUGCAGACGCUGAGCAUCAUCGAGGGCUACCCUAAAAGCAAUGUCUCGUACGUCUACUCAAGACCAAAGAAGAAGCACUGGAGCAGCAACGAUGAGGAGAUGUUCUACGCGGAUCACAAGAUGCGGAAUCUAGCUAGGUACGCAGACGAACUGAAGCAAGCGGAAAUGGACUCACACGAAAGUGGCCUGGAGUUCACUGCCGAUGCGUACGAACUGUCCGAGGCCGAGUGUGACAUGCCAACGAGGCAUUGCUCGGUGCAAACGUAGUCUGCACCACAGCCUUACGGCCAGCGAAUGCUUUGUGCCAGACCAACACAGCCAAGUUGAGAUCAUUGCCCGUUUCAUCCGCAACAUGUCCGUGCCGCUGUGACCAGCGCUGCCCUGCUGAAUGUGAUGUGGCGCACGAAGGACGGCGAGAAGUGUUCGUGAAGACAAUUUUUGUGAUGCAGAACUCUGGAUUACCUGAACAUUCUUUGGUUCUUAUCGUGACUUUGGCAGCUCGCAGGAAAGCGCUGUCUUGUGAAGUAAUUUUGGUCGUUUUGCAAUAGUUCUCAGGAAACAAGAGUGAGCUUUUUUUUAAAUAUCGUUUUUCUUUUAGCUUUCAGUAGCGGGAUGAGGUGUGAUGGGCCUUAUUCCCGGCGUAAGACUUAAUUUGCGGAGUGAGUGCUUCUUUCCUGUCACAGAAAAGCUCCCCAAAGUUCUUUCAUAGGCCUGAAAUCGAGAACUGAUGAAGAACACUCUGGCGAUAUUAUCACGCCUAGCGGAUGUUCAUACUUACAAGAAUGGCCUAUAUCGCCGGUGAUGAGACAGGUUGGCGUUGACAAUGUAAGCAUUUAUCCCAGAAUUUUCUCACAUGUUCAUUGUUAUGCACAAUUUGCUCACGAUCAUAAUAGGCAUGUCAAUGAAUAUGCUUAUCAACCACGGAACCUCACAUAAUUGACGAUUAUUCUGUUUCAGAGGUGGGCGAAUGCAAACAUUUUUUUAAUAUGAAUCGAAUACGAAUAUUAUUAUUGUAUAUCAAAUUGAGUAUCGAAUACACAAACACAGACACGUAUAUUCACAACAUGGAUUCGUAUUUUUGUAUAAAUUGGUACCAAGCUUGUACUGACUAUGCAGUGCAAGAAAGAAAGAGAAAUUCCAAGAAGAAAGGAUCACUUUUAAACAUAUCGUCCCAAAUUAUCGGUUGAACAACGCACCAAGAACGCUGAAUAAUUUAGGGCGUAGUUGCAAAUAAAUUUUGCAAGAAAGAAUGGUCACUAUAUGACUACCUUUUCAAACAUGCUAAAUAAGUGGAUCCCCCAAAAGGUCAGAAUCUACGGGUUAAGAAAGCUGCUGUAGAAAUUUUAUUUUGUAAACAAUCGUAAAAGGGCCCACUGCAAGAAAGACAUCACAGGUUGUAGUGUAAAAGAUAAAAGAGCUGCAUUACUACACUUCCGAAAACACUAUAUGACAGGCUACAAGCAGAAAUCACUUCUUUCUAUGUGGGCUUCCGCCACAAACGCGGAAACAAAGUAUCCAUUGCCUGUUUUAUUUCCGCAAUUCUUCAAAAACUUUGGUCGUUGUCUCACUUCUGAUAAUUUGCGAUACCUUUUUUUCAGUCAACGCAGAACAGCCACCAGAUUAAUGAUUGGCUGCUGCGAAAUAUUUGGUAAGACUGACAAAUCUAAAAGCGACCACAGGUUCUUUUUCAAAUACGAAUUCGAAUAGUUAGUGUGUAGUAUUUUAUACGUAUUAGCAAUCUUCGAAUAUUCGCCCACCCUUACACAUAUUUAAUAUCGUAUCUGGCUAAUAUUUCGUGACUGACUACAAUAUACCACGUAAAUAUGAACUCAUUAUUGCUCUUAUUUUACUCAAGCAAUAAGCUAACGAGCCGCAAGAGGCUGUCGUGAGCUAAGCGAAGAAAAAAAAAGGAAAAUGAAAUAAGAUGAACCAUUUUAUGUUAGAUUAG